AUAGUCUAAUUUAAUGUCAGACCGAUAGAAAUGUCGAGUUUCGAUAUUCGUUAUUGUUUUAUAUGGACUGUAGUUUGUUCACAUGUUUAAGAAAGGUGAAUAUUUUUCGAGUGAAGGGAUCCUACCCUGUUACUCCAUGACACUAACGAGUUUGGUGUCUCUUUGGAUUGACAACCUACAACCUCAAAAUAAAACAUUCAAACUAGUUUUGACUCAAUAGGUUAUUCAAAAAGCAUCGGAUAUACUUUUAUUUAUUUUUCUUUUACCCACAGUUUUAUUAAAAGCAGCUUAAUUCAGAAAUGCCUUCAAAAUACAACCAAUAAACGGGGGGAACAAAAUCCCAGCUGGAGGUGCCAAGGUGAGGAGAGAUGUUGUUUUUCAUCUCGGAGCCCCUCCGUCACUCACCGCCUUGCAGCCAAUAGUAAGUUUGCCUUGGUCGGACCGACUCGCCGCGUGCCGCUCCGGUCCCUCCUCGUGCUGUCCUCGCCGUGCACGCGCGUGGUACCCACGGUCGUGAGGAAGGAGGAGGAUGUUGCGCGUGAAGGGGAAAUGGCUGCCGAAAACAAGCCGGAAGGACUGAAGAAAGUUCGUAAUCCGGAUCGAAUGUACAGAUCAGCAGUGUGUUAUGCUGGCCAUGGUCCACCUAAGAGUAUCAGUGAUGACACAGAGACGAACAAUGAACAUGGACAUUUGAAAAUAUACCUGCCCAAGAAGCUGCUUGAAUGUCUACCAAAAUGCACGUCGCUGCCGAAGGAGAGGCACCGGUGGAACACUAAUGAGGAGAUUGCAGCUUACUUGAUAACAUUUGAAAAGCAUGAAGAGUGGCUAACGACAUCCCCUAAAACAAGGCCGCAGAAUGGGUCGAUGAUACUGUACAACAGGAAGAAGGUGAAGUACAGAAAGGACGGCUACUGCUGGAAGAAGAGGAAAGAUGGGAAGACCACGCGAGAAGAUCACAUGAAGCUGAAAGUGCAGGGAGUUGAGUGUCUGUAUGGCUGCUAUGUCCACUCCUCUAUCAUCCCCACCUUCCACCGCAGGUGCUACUGGCUGCUCCAGAACCCAGACAUUGUGCUUGUCCACUAUUUGAAUGUUCCAGCUAUUGAGGAUUGUGGGAAACCAUGCGGACCAAUCCUGUGCUCCAUCAAUACAGACAAGAAGGAAUGGGCCAAAUGGACCAAAGAGGAGCUGAUUGGACAGCUAAAGCCCAUGUUUCAUGGCAUCAAGUGGACUUGCAGCAAUGGGAACAGCAGCUCUGGUUUCUCAGUGGAGCAGCUAGUGCAACAGAUUCUGGACAGCCACCAAACUAAGCCACCUCCCCGGACUCACAACUGCCUCUGCACGGGUACCCUGGGUGCAGGGAGCAGUGUACACCACAAAUGCAACAGCGGCAAACACCGCAUCAUCUCCCCUAAAGUGGACCCCCGUUCUGCUGGAUACAGCAGUACACACUCUGAGGUCCAAAACAAUGAUGUGUCUGAAGGGAAGACCGAACACAGUGCCCAUGGUGGAGGAAAAAGCUCUGGGGGAGGAGGAGGAGGUGGUGGCAGUGCCAGAGAGAAACGCAAUGGCAAAGUCCACAAGCCUGUCCUCCUGCACCAAAACAGCACAGAAGUGUCGUCCACCAACCAAGUGGAGGUCCCUGACACCACGCAGAACUCCCCAGUGUCCAUCAGCAGCGGACUCAACAGUGAUCCAGACAUGGCAGACAGCCCCGUGGUGACAGGGAUGACCCAUGUUCCAUCUGUCAUGUCUGGCCUGUCCCAGAGUGUCUUCAUGUCUGAGGUCACUGGAGAACCUGUCUAUAGCAUGUCUCCAACUGGGGGUCCCAAUGCUCAUCUGAUGGGUGCAGAUGCAACUUCACAGGGCUUGGUGCUGUCCAUGACCGCUGAUCGACACAAAUUUGCCUUCCCCGGAGGAGGAGGAGUAGGGGAACCUGGGACUACCACGGCAGGAGACAGUCUGUCAAUGUUGUCUACGGCGAGUGUGUCUGAAGAACUGGUGCUAACCAGCAGUCUUGAUUCUGGAACCAUCAAGAUUCCAGAGACCAAUAUGAACUUUGAUCCUGACUGCUUCUUGAACAACCCUAAACAGGGCCAGACCUACGGCGGCAGCGCAAUGAAGACAGAGGGCAACUCCUCCUCAACAUCUUCUUCCUCCAGCGGCAGCAGUAGCACCAACGGGAGUCUCCAGCGCUCUCCCAAUUUGUCAGACAAUAGCUACCCCUUCAGCUCAGCUCUCGUAAAGAACAUCAAGACAGAAGACACAUCAUUUGAGCAGCAGAUGAAAGAAAGUGGUUACCAGGUUGGAGGAGUUGUGAACUGUGGUGGUGGGGUGUCAUCUGGUGCUGGAUCAGGUCAGGGCAGUCUUAGUCUGACCCCAACAGGCUCACUGCUUCCUUCAGGAGGGGGGCUUAGUCCCAGCACCACUUUGGAGCAGAUGGAUUUUAGUGCCAUUGAUGCCAAGCAAGAAUAUUCUUCUAGUGCUACCACAGUGAGCUAUGGUCAGGCCAUUUCUAGUCCACAUAUGCAACACCAGAAUCGCUCGCCCAGCUUCUUCCUUCAGGAUGCUUCUCAAACCAGCCAGACGCAGCAGGCCAGGUCAAGCAUGGGCCAGAAAUCACAUCUUAUGGAGCACAACUCCCAUGACUCUGGAGCUUAUAUGGGAUUGCAAGUGGUAAAAACUGACUCCCCUUCCAGCAAUGGCCACCUUCAUCAUCACCACCAGAGCCAGAUGCAACACAGGGCCAAUUGUAAUGGAGGUUCACCUACAGAGGGGUCUGCCCAAGCGGCUUCUCUCCAGUUGCUGCAGUACCAGGGGCCCUUUCCUGGGCUGGGAACGGAACACGAAGAGGUUGUUGGUCUAGAACAACCAGGUAAUGUCAACUCAGCUCAGACUGGAGCCACAGAGAAUGGUGGCGAGAACCUCCUCAAGCCAGGGGAUCACAUUCAGGCCUGUGGAGCAGCAAACAGAGAGGGGGGGAGACCAGAGCACUACAUGCAACAGGCUUCAGAUGGUAGCAAUGGAGGGGCAGGACCUACAGGUGAAGGAGUAACAAUGCAUAAUGGAAAUAGUGACGGUAGCAACCGCACCCAGCAGCUACAGCCUCUCCUCCAAGGCACAAGUAUGGUGCAAGGACUCUACAAUGCAGUGGGAGCCCAUCAAGGUCUGACCGGAGCAGCUAACAAUGGAGGAGCUGGUGGAGCUGGCAUGGAGAUCAGUCUGGACCACUUUGACAUAUCCUUUGGAAACCAGUUCUCUGACCUCAUCAAUGACUUCAUCUCAGUGGACGGCAGUGGAACCACCAUGUCUGCUGGAGGUGCCCUGUAUGCUCACCAGCUAGUCACAUCUCACAACGCUGAAAAUCAGAACCCAGCCAGUGGGCCCCCCCAUCAGGGCCAGGAGGACGGAGGAGCCAGAGGCUCAGGCUACAGCCCCUCAGAGCUCUGCCUUCAGCCUUGCUGCAGCCCUCAGUCACUAAGCGGAGGCGCAGGAGCAGGAGGCAACACCGGAGAAGCUGGAUCACUGUCCUACAUGAAUGUUGCAGAGGUCGUCUCUGCAGCUGUUGCCCAAGGGGCUUUGGGGAUGUUACAGGCCACAGGUCGUCUCUUCAUGGUCACUGACUACUCCCCUGAGUGGUCCUAUCCUGAGGGUGGAGUGAAGGUGCUGAUCACUGGUCCCUGGCAGGAGGCCAGUUCAAAUUACAGCUGCUUGUUUGACCAGAUCUCGGUUCCGGCCUCGCUCAUCCAGCCAGGGGUGCUGCGCUGCUACUGCCCAGCUCACGAUACAGGCCUGGUGACGCUACAGGUGGCCAUCAGUAAUCAGAUUAUCUCCAGUUCUGUGGUGUUCGAGUACAAGGCUCGGGCUCUCCCAUCACUGCCAUCCUCUCAGCACGACUGGCUUUCACUGGACGAUAACCAGUUCAGAAUGUCAAUCCUGGAGCGCUUGGAGCAGAUGGAGAGGAGGAUGGCAGAGAUGGCCAGCCACCAGCAGACAAGCAGUGCGGGGAGUGGUGGCGCUGGAGGAGGAGCAGGAGGAGGCGGAGGUGGGGGAGGAGUAGGAGGAGGUAGUGGAGGAGGGGCCGGAGGAGGGAACAAUAGUCAGUCACAGUGUGCAUCUGGCCAGACGCAGGCCAGCAGCUCCUUUGAGAGCCGUGUUGUAGUGGUCUGUGAGAAGAUGAUGAGCAGAGCUUGCUGGGCCAAGUCCAAACAUUUAAUCCACUCCAAGACCUUCAGAGGGAUGACACUCCUUCACCUGGCUGCUGGCCAGGGCUAUGCCACCCUCAUUCAGACACUCAUCAAAUGGCGCAAUAAGCAUGCUGAUAGUAUUGACUUGGAGCUGGAAGUGGACCCUCUAAAUGUUGAUCACUUUUCCUGUACACCUCUGAUGUGGGCAUGUGCGCUUGGUCAUCUGGAGGCAGCAGUCGUCCUGUAUAAAUGGGACAGGCGGGCCCUUGCCAUCCCAGACUCCUUGGGUCGUCUGCCCCUGUCAAUUGCUCGCUCUCGUGGCCACACCAAGCUGGCUGAGUGUCUGGAGCAACUGCAGAGGGAAGAGCAGCAGCCGCCUGCCUCUCUACCGCCAACGACUCGGAUGUCUUUCUCCCCAGCCCCCGAUGCGCCCACCUCCGACAGCUGGAUGGUCAGCUGGGCAAACGACAGCAUAGUAGCACCUGGCAGCAAGAAAGGAGGUCCUGCUAACACAAUAACCACACCCAGCACCACCAGCCCCAACCCAGAUUUAAGAAGGCCGAGAUCAGAACCUUCUAACUGCUACAGCAGCGAGGGCCAAAGAGAUCUCCCGUUGGCUAAAAAACAUAAACCUAACCCGGAAUUAUUUCAUAAUCGACCCGACAAGCCCAUGUCUGUUCCUCUGAGCCUGGAGCAGCAACAGCUCCACAAACUGUCCUCCAGCACCAAGAGCAUGUCCGCGGAGGGCCUGAGCGCUGACAAAAGUCUACCAACAGGAGGCAGCACUGGGACAACCAGGUGGAACUCCAGAGAGAGUUUCUCCCACAGCAGCAUGGGGAAGAAAGCGCUGGGCAUCAGUGGAGGCAGCAGUUUGGGAAAGGAGAAGCUGGUCAACCGACUGCGGCAGCGGGAGCAGCUGGGCAUGCUGGUUAUGGCGGACAGAGAAAUGGCAGAUUCAGAACUGCUGUCGUAUCGAGAGGACCUGGAGAAUCAGGACUGUCUCACGCAGAUGGAUGACCUACAGGUAAACAUGAUGACUCUGGCAGAACAAAUCAUUGAAGCAACACCAGAAAGAAUCAAAAGGGAGAACUUCAGCGCUGCAGACUCUGGGCCUUUAGACACAUCGGCGGUCAGCACCACCAUGAACUGGCUAGCCAGCUACCUGGGAGACGUAGAACAGCUGUCAAGCAUCAUACACCUACGGUCUCUGUACAAUGAGCCACUGACACAAUCAUCUAACCCUAACCUGAGUCCUCGGGGGUCUCCGCUCAGAGAGGGCCCGUUGGAGAGGACUGCGGUUCCUUCCCCGUCCGACUGGAGUGAGUUCAUCAACGCCUCCAACAGCAAAGUGGAGCGAGACCUGGCCCAGCUGACUCUGUCAGAUCCAGAGCAGAGAGAGCUGUACGAGGCUGCCCGAUUGGUCCAAACUGCCUUCCGCAAGUACAAGGGGCGGCCACUCCGGGAGCAACAGGAAGUAGCUGCCGCUGUUAUACAACGUUGCUACAAGAAAUACAAGCAGCUGACAUGGAUAGCCCUAAAGUAUGCACUUUAUAAGAAGAUGACGCAGGCCGCCAUCCUUAUCCAGAGUAAAUUUCGCAGCUACCACGAACAAAAGAAGUUCCAGCAGAGCAGGAGGGCGGCUGUACUCAUUCAGCAAUACUACCGCAGCUACAAAGAGUUUGGGAAGCUGAAGCCCCAUCACCGCGGGGCUGCUGCCGCCCUGGUGCAGCACAAACUGAGAGGUAGUCUGCUCACGAAGAGGCAGGAUCAGGCUGCCAGGAAGAUCAUGAGGUUCCUACGACGCUGCCGCCACAGCCCCUUGAUGGACCAUAGACUGUUCAAGCGGGGUGAAAGAAUUGAAAAGGGCCAGGGAACAUGAGACCCCUCAGAAGAGCCCCCUUGCGAUGUGACAUCACUCUCCUGACUCCUCUUUUCUUUUUUUGUUUGUACCUGAGACAUUUUACAAGAGAACAGAACAAAAAGAAAAAAACAUCGGGUCAAGCACUGCUAUUAUUACUACUACUAGAGCAGUGUUAAUGGUUCAACUGCUAUCACGUUGUAUGACAGCUUGUUUUUUUUCUUUUUUUUACAUGUUUAUUCUUUCCACUGACUUGGUGACUUCAACAGCAUUAUGAACUCAAAGAACUGGGGCAACGGGUGCAGAACAUUGGCUUCAUGGCAUCUUUUGCACUUUUUCAUGGACUGCUUUUUAUUUUUAUUUCUUUUUUUAGCUAUGGAGAGGUUUUGGACAGUGAUGAGGGACGACGGAGGACAGGCGGUCGGUCAAACGUGAAGAUCUCGAGAGAUGAAAGUUAGGGCUGUUGCAGAAAAUCUCAAAGGACAAGGAGACCAUGCAGAAACACUCUGGGUUCUCGUUGUAUUUCAUGGUUAUUUUUUAAGACCAAUAAAUUCACUCAAAGACAGAUUUUUCUUUUUUUAACACCCACACAUACCCCACCCACUUUAAACCCAAUGCUGGUGAUUUAACAGUAUCCAUUUAAACUUAGUAUUCUUUCCAGUCCUUCUUUUCUCGACCCCACCGGUCCGCCCGCCUGGCUGGAGCUACAAAUGAAUGUAGUGGGGUCCAAACAUUCAUGCUGAAGCAGAUUGGGGAUAAAACAUGUUCUUUUAAAAAGAUACUAUGCUUUAUUGUGUAUAUAUAUAGUCCCUUUAUUACUUGAAUUUGUUUCAUAACGUCCAAUGUACUCCUUCCAUCAUGUCCAAUGUAUUGGUGAGCUGUAUCAGGCUAUAUGUUGUUAAAUCCUACCAAGAAAAAAAAAAUGCAUGACUUCUAGACAGAAAAAGUCUUUGCUUGUGUGUUUAUGGUCUAGCCCUUCAGUCUUUCUUCUGAUUUUCAUUUUAUUUCUACAUUUCUCUUCAUAAGAGCCGUUAUUAUUUCUGUAAUUAAGCUAAUAUCCGUGUUCUCCCAGUUAUUUUGUUUUCUUCUUGGUUCCCCUCCCAGAGGGGAGCAAAAUGUCAAUUUUUUUAUAAUUUUUUUUGUGUUGUAACUCUUGUAGUCAUGCAGGUUGUUAUUGUUCUUUUGAGUUGAACUCCGGAGCCUCUGCAGGCUUUUGAGGGGAAAAUCACAUACAUUGCCUUGACGUCUUAGAGAUUCUUUGUGGGGUCCCUAAGCUUGUCCCAAAAUAGGGGUUUGACAAAUCCAUAUUUUUUGACAAUUGAGUGAUUUCUGUAUAUAAAAGAAGGCUGCAAGUAUGUAGGGGGAAAAUGAACAUGUUCCCUUACAGGGAUUGUAUUUUAGAAAUAUAUUAUUUUAUUCAUUAAAAAUGGGUCGAAAACAGGUACAAGACAAAAACAGAAUAUUUGUAUAGUUUUGUUUGAAUGCUUAAGAAGUAUGGUUCUAUUGUUUGUACAUAGUGUAAAUAUCUGGGAUAAAGAUGAGCUAAGUGCAUGAAAAGUAUGAACAGAGUUAAAAUGGGGGAAAAAACUAAAGCAGUAGUGGCUAUGCUCUGUAAAAUUAAAAAUAUUUCACUA